AUGUUGACCAACAUCUUGACCGUGGUCAUCCUGGUUACCACUGCACUUGCUCAUGGCGAUCAUGAGCAACAAGUCCCAAUCCAGGGGCCGCACAAAGCCUUGUGGUACAACACGUUGCCCGGUGACGGUGGAACUCAGGCCGACUCUGUAUUCUCCGGCAUCUCGACAUUUGGUCGUCUGCCAUACUUCCCAUGUCUGGCAUCUGAUGAUGUGAAGUACGAUAUUGCCUUUAUCGGUGCUCCAUUCGACACAGGAACUUCAUACAGACCUGGGGCCAGAUUUGGGCCAUCUGGAAUCCGUCAAGGUUCUCGCCGUCUCAAUCUUUAUGGAGGAUACAACGUCCCACUGGAGACAAAUCCAUUCAACAGCUGGGCAACAGUCCUAGACUGUGGAGAUAUCCCAGUCACGUCUUAUGAUAACACCUGGGCUCUUCACCAAAUUGAAGAGGGACACAAUUCAAUCUUGACCCGCGCUCCAGCGACUGAUGCUAAAAAGAAAGGUCCAGCGAAGAAUGGAAAGACUCUUCCCAGAGUCAUCACCCUCGGAGGUGACCACACAAUCACUCUACCUCUCCUCCGAUCAGUCAACCGCGCUUACGGUCCAAUCUCUGUGAUCCACUUCGACUCUCAUCUUGACACAUGGAAGCCAAAGGUCUUCGGGGGAUCUCCAAGCAAGGUUGCCAGCAUCAACCACGGCACCUACUUCUACCAUGCUUCUCAAGAAGGCCUGCUCGCGAACGACUCCAACAUCCAUGCCGGUAUCCGAACAACUUUGAGCGGGCCCAGUGACUAUGAAAAUGAUGGCUACUGUGGCUUUGAGAUUGUGGAGGCCAGAGAAAUCGACACUAUUGGAAUGAAUGGUAUCAUCAAGAAGAUCAAGGACCGUGUUGGCACUACUAAACCAGUCUAUCUGUCGAUUGACAUCGAUACUCUUGAUCCAGCUUUUGCGCCUGCGACCGGUACUCCGGAGACGGGUGGCUGGUCCACACGCGAACUCCGUACUAUCCUGAGAGGACUCGAAGGAAUCAACCUUAUCGCAGCGGAUAUCGUGGAGGUCGCUCCAGCGUACGACACCAACGCCGAGCACACCACAAUGGCUGCCGCAGAUGCUCUUUAUGAAGUGAUGAGCUUGAUGGUGAAGAAGGGACCCCUCAGCAAAAUGAUUGAGAGCGAGGAGGCUGAAGGGAGGGAUGAGGUGUAG